CCUAUAUCACGUGACGGUAGAGGUACGUUGAGGUGGGCGUGUCCUCUAGCUGUCUGUCGCUCACCUGGAUCACUUUGAAUAAGAAGAGUGGUCGAUCACUGUGAUUUCAGCGAAGUCGACCAGCAAAACAAACUCCUCCAUGGCUUCUCCUCUAAAAGCGGGAUUUCACAGGCUAGAGAUCCAAAAAACGACAUGGGAUGUUCCAGACCGAUACACGUGCCUCAAACCGGUGGGCUCUGGAGCCUAUGGGACAGUCUGUUUUGCAAUUGACAAGAGGACUAAGGAAAAUGUGGCCAUUAAGAAGCUAUACAGACCGUUCCAGUCUCUAAUACACGCUAAACGUGCUUACAGAGAACUCAGGCUACUGCGAAACAUCCAACACGACAAUGUGAUCUGCCUUCUCAAUGUCUUCACCCCUGAUUCCUCGCUGGAGAAAUUUGAUACUUUCUAUAUGGUGAUGCCAUUUGUGGCGCAGGAUCUUAGUCAUAUCAUGAAGAAGAAACAGUUAACCAACAGAGUCAUCAUAUACCUCUUCUAUCAGAUUCUCAGAGGACUCAAGUAUAUCCAUUCAGCUGGGAUCAUUCAUCGGGAUCUUAAGCCUAGUAACCUUGCCGUGGAUGAAAACUGUGAAUUGAAGGUAAACACAAUGUUUCCAUAUACAACAAAAAAAAGUGAUCAUACAAAAUUCACCCUUGGUGUAAGGAAACUGCAUGUUUUUACAAAUCUUCUUCAGAUUCUGGACUUUGGACUGGCAAGACACACUGAAACAGAGAUGACGGGAUACGUAGUGACACGCUGGUACAGAGCCCCCGAGGUCAUUUUCAACUGGAUGCAUUACACUCAAACAGUUGAUGUUUGGUCCGCUGGCUGCAUCCUGGCUGAGAUGAUAACAGGAGAGGUGCUUUUCCCAGGCAGCGACAGUAUCGACCAGCUAAAGAAGAUUCUCAGCCUGACAGGCACGCCAAGCUCAAUGCUUGUUCAGAAAAUGCAAAGCAAAGAUGCCCAGUCAUACGUCCGAUCUCUUCCAAUCCAGAAGAAAAAGGCUUUCAAAGAGGUCUUUCCUACUAUGGAUGCUAAUGCCAUUGAUCUAUUGGAAGACAUGUUGGUUCUGGACCCAGAGGUCAGAAUUACAGCAAAAGACGGCCUGUCGCACCCGUACCUCUCUGAGUUUCAUGAACCUGAAAAUGAGCCUAUAUCAGCCCCAUAUGAUGACUCUUUUGAGAGUCUAGAGCUGGCCGUCAGCGAAUGGAAAAGUCUUAUCCAUAUGGAGAUCAUGACAUUUGAUCCAGACAACCCAGGAGUUACUGCAACAUAAUAGCUUAUCACAUCUGAAGAGCAAACAACACUCCCAAUAAUGAUAGACAGUGUUAUUGAUUUGUUUCUUAUCAGACAAUGUUACCUAACUUUCUAUAAAAAACAGUGCUAUACGUUGACAGGAUUUGACCUAAAUAAUACAAUUUAUGGUGAACUGUUUUUAAUAGCUGAUUUUUAAACUAUAACAUUUGAUUUAAUGUAGCUAUAGUCUCAUUUAAACCUUUUUAUAGCAAGGGUUUUAAAACCCAGUAGUUAUUGAUUACUUGUAAAUGUAUAAAACAACCUUUAAAGACUUUGUAAAGUAUUUUAGGAUGUGGUGAACUGAAAAUAUAGAAAUGUAAAAAAUUAAAAGUUACUUUUUGUGGGUGAA